CAUUCAGAAACACAUCUCUCUUCCAUAAAAUACAUUUUUGCAUUUUCAAACUUGUUUUCAUUGGGAAGGCAGAUAAAGCGUUUAUCAAAAGCAAUCACCUUUGCAUGGAAAACACAGAAUCCUACUGAUUAAUACACGUGCGUAAAUUAGGCUACAUCACUUUUGUUUUGAGCCGACAAAGCCUUUGAAUACCAGGUUCACGCCUGGGAGGCAGUGCGGUUCCAAAUUUAAUGCAGUCAACUUUCGUCUACACGGGCGCCGAGUUUCAUCGAAACCCUUCUUCCUCUUGGAAUGUUCUGGUUCUGAGACAGAGGCGGAGUUGAGGACAAAGGUUUUAUGGGAAAAACGGAGGACAUCAACAACUUUUCAACGGGAAUAUAAACUAUUAAAGCACUAGGUCUACAUUAAGCUAACUUCUAACCAGGAAAACCACAGUCUCUUUGUGGUGGGCCACCCCACCCCCCUGCAGCACCAUGUCCAAGUACCUGAGGCAUUUCACCACGGUGGGUGAUGACCACACAGCCCAUUGGCACAACGAGGGGCUGCAUGAGGCUAGAGAGGAGCCGGGACCAGCCACAGGACAGCUGCCCCACGGGGAACUCACCUUCAGAGGCUCUCUGAAGAGACUCUACAGCUCAGACAGAUUCCAGAUAGCUGUGGUAUGCCUGGUGAUCCUGGAUGCAUUCUUUGUGCUGGGCGAGCUACUGAUCGACCUGUCAAUCAUCAAGUUGGAGCAUGGGCACGUUGCCCCUCGGGUCUUCCACUACCUGAGUUUGGCUCUUCUCACCUUCUUCAUGAUGGAGCUAGCUGGAAAGCUCUUUGCCUACCGGCUGGAGUUCUUCCAUCACAAGUUUGAGGUGUUUGACGGGCUGGUGGUGAUUGUGUCCUUCAUCCUGGACAUUGUGUAUAUCACCAGGAAAGAUGCCUUUGACGGCAUGGGCCUCUUGAUCCUCCUCAGGCUCUGGAGGGUGGCCAGGAUAGUCAACGGAAUCCUGGUGUCUGUGAAGUCACGGGCCGAUCGCGAAGUUCAAAAGCUGAAGGAGAGCAAUGAUCACCUGGUCCAGCAAGUUAACGACCUACAAGAGCACAAUGGCAAGAUGGAACAAGAGAACAGUAAACUACGAGCUAUCCUCCGACAGCAUGCCAUUGAGUUCUGAUGCAGGAAGAGGAACAUGAUGCCGUUUUCAUUAUCCACUUAUAGUGUCAUUGGAAUUGUUCAAUAAACAAGGCUAUAUUCUAAAUAGUGUUCACCAUCCAUACACCAUUUCAGUAAGUAAUUCCGCAACGACAGGAGCUUACACUGAGUUACGAGCCUGGUCCUAGAGCCGUUUGUACUCUUGCCAACUCAAUUGUUGUCAUUGUCAAGCCAAACCUUUGGCAUGACAAUGAGUGAAAAUAAGUUGGUAUGAAAACAUACUGGCACUCAGGCUAGAUACAGUUGAAGUCGAAAGUUUACAUACCUUAGCCAAAUACAUUUAAACUCAGUUUUUCACAAUUCCUGACAUUUAAUCCUCAUAAAUAUUCUCUGUCUUAUGUCAGUUAGGAUCACCACUUUAUUUUAAGAAUGUGAAAUGUCAGAAUAAUAGUAGAGAAUGAUUUAUUUAAGCUUUUAUUUCUUUCAUCACAUUCCCAGUGGGUCAGAAGUUUACAUGCAUUCAAUUAGUAUUUGGUAGCAUUGCCUUUAAAUUGUUUAACUUGGGUCAAACGUUUCAGGUAGCCUUCCACAAGCUUCCCACAAUAAGUUGGGUGAAUUUUGGCCCAUUCCUCUUCCUCUUCCUUUCAGUUCUGCCCACCAAUUUUCAAUAGGAUUGAGGUCAGGGCUUUGUGAUGGCCACUCCAAUACCUUGACUUUGUUGUCCUUAAGCCAUUUUGACACAACUUUGGAAGUAUGCUUGGGGUAAUUGUCCAUUUGGAAGACCCAUUUGCAACCAAGCUUUAACUUCCUGACUGAUGUCUUGAGAUGUUGCUUCAAUAUAUCCACAUCAUUUUUCCUGCCUCAUGAUGCCAUCUAUUUUGUGAAGUGCACCAGUCCCUCCUGCAGCAAAGCACACAGACAACAUGAUCCUGCCACCCCCGUGCUUCACGGUUGGGAUGGUGUUCUUUGACUUGCAAGCCUCCCCCUUUUUCCUCCAAACAUAACUAUGGUCAUUAUGGCCAAACAGUUCUAAUUUUGUUUCAUCAGACCAUCAGACAUUUCUCCAAAAAGUACGACCUUUGUCCCCAUGUGCAGUUGCAAACCGUAGUCUGGCUUUUUUAUGGUGGUUUUGGAGAAGUGGCUGCUUCCUUGCUGAGCAGCCUUUAAGGUUAUGUUGAUUAUAGGAUUCGUUUUACUGUAGAUAUAGAUACUUUUGUACCUGUUUCCUCUAGCAUCUUCACAGGGUCCUUGACUGUUGUUCUGGGAUUGAUUUGCACUUUUCGCAGCAAAGUACGUUCAUCUCUAGGAGACAGAACGCGUCUCCUUCCUGAGCGUUAUGACGGCUGCGUGGUCCCAUGGUGUUUAUACUUGCGUACUAUUGUUUGUACAGAUGAACGUGGUACCUACAGGCAUUUGGAAAUUGCUCCCAAGACUUGUGGAGGUAAAAAAAUAAAUUAAAUAUGAGGUCUUGGCUGAUUUCUUUAGAUUUUCCCAUGAUGUCAAGCAAAGAGGCACUGAGUUUGAAGGUAGGCCUUGAAAUACAUCCACAAGUACACUUCCAAUUGACUCAAAUGAUGUCAAUUAGCCUAUCAGAAGCUUCUAAAGCCAUGACAUCAUUUUCUGGAAUUUUCCAAGCUGUUUAAAGGCACAGUCAACUUAGUGUAUGUAAACUUCUGACCCACUGGAAUUGUGAUACAGUGAAAUAAUCUGUAAACAAUUGUUGGAAAAAUGACUUGUGUCAUGCACAAAGUAGAUGUCCUAACUGACUUGCCAAAACUAUAGUUUGUUAAAAAUAAAUGUGUGGACUGGUUGAAAAACAAGUUGAAUGACUCCAACCAAAGUGUAUGCAAACUUCCGACUUAAACUGUAGAUUCCACAUCAUGAGCCAAUGUUAGGUCAACCUUCCAGCCAUUAUCUGCAUAUUCAAGCUGAUUUUAAAAGCUGAUUACAUUUAAUUGAUUAGUAGGAUUCAUAUCAUAUGCCAGUAUCCUGCUUUGCAAUACAAAGUUACAUUUUAUAUUUGUAUCGAAAUGUAUGGAUUUGUAUGUGCUAUGCCUGUAUUCAAAUAAGCAAUGAAUUGUCAUCUAAUUUGUUGUAAAUAAGACCAUGUAAUGAAUGUUGCAUCUGGCUGUUUUUCUGAAUACCACUGUUGCCUGCUAUGUAAAGACAAUAUGAGUAUGAUUCACUGAAAAUAUGACAUUUUAUUAGAAAAACAUUUAAUUAUGUACAAAUGAAUAAAAAUGAAGGUAUUUGCUAACAAUA